AUGUUUUUCGAGCGAUCAUCGGGGUGGGGACAUGAUAUGCACUACCAGUGGCUUACUCGCACGCACCACAUGGCCUCCCUUGAUCAUAACUUCUCUGCGUCACCCCUUUCUUCCUUUAUUUCUCACUCAUUCUUACCUUCUCAGUGUCAAGAAACCAUGCCUUUCAACGAGACCAAGAUCGAGAUCGCUGCGCCGCCUGCCAGGGUGCGAGAAAUUCUGUUAGAUUUCUCAGCUUACGCCGAAUGGCACACGGAAUGGAUAAAGGGAAUUGAGAUUCAAGAGAAGGAAAAAACCAGCGCAUCUCUUACUACAGGAGACAAGUUGCAGGUCAACAUCGAAGGGUGUAACUUUGUUGCAGACAUCCUGGUAGGCUCAAUACCAAUGAAAACACAGAGAAUCUAUUCUCAUGGCAGGGUCCCCCCAGUAUUCACGAUCGCUGGGUUGCAUACAUUUCAUAUUGAGCCUACGGAAGACGGUACAGGCACUAUAUUCACUCAGUCAGAGACAUCGAAGGGAUUGAUGUCUUUCCUUCUUAGUCCCUCGAUACUUGGAAAGAAGUUGCGAGCGGACUAUGAAGUCUUCAAUCGGGAUUUGAAAGCCCGCGCAGAGGCUUAA